UCCCACUUGAGCUCUGUUCACUUAACCCCUAGGCCCUAGAGAAGGAAGAAGCCAUUAACGACCACUGUUAUUCUCUCUCCAUCCUCUCUCUACAGAGGAAGAAGAAGAACAAGAGGAAGGAAUUCGCAAAAGAUGGCGUAUAGGCGCAGUCUCACAUCUAGAGUUAGUCUAUUAAGGGAUGGUUUCCACCCGUCCUUUAGCUACAUUGCAAAUGGUAGUGAUGAUAGGAAACAUGAACAACAUCCAGUUGCUGAUAAGUGUAGGCCGGGGGACGAUAAGUUCUUGAGCCGAGGAUACCACAGCGGCAACCUUAACAAUGGGUCUGCCGGGUUUGGCUCUUUAUUUCAAGAGAGAAGAUCGUUGUUGUCAUUUGGUUCUUAUGCAUCAAUUGGAUCCUCAUUCCAUAGAUUUACAUCCUCCUCGAGUGGUGGACGUGAAGGUGUGAAUACUUUAGGAGGUGCAAGUGCAUUUGGAGAAGGAUCAGACAAGUUCGAAUAUGUAAAAGAUGUUGCUGAAGUUCUCUCAGACGAAACUAUGGAAGUUGUAACAUCCGCAGCUCCUGUUGCGAUUGAAGUUGUAACAUCGGUAGCUCCUGUUGUUAGUGAAGUGUCUAUUGCAGCUGCCGAAUCAUUUCCUCCUGUGGCAGCCUUGCAGUAUUUGAUUGAUGGCUUUCAUAAUUUAUUGCCAAUGGGUGCGCCUCUGCCAGACCAUCCUAAUUGGUGGCUUGCAAUAGUUUUAUCUACUCUCUUGAUUCGAACUGCCACGGUUCCUCUUCUGAUAGAGCAACUUAAAUCCACCUCAAAACUUACUUUGCUGAGACCACGCUUGGAGGAGAUUAAAGAGCAGAUGAGUGAUUCAGCAGAAGAACCUAUAUCAAUGGCUGAGGGUCAACAACGUUUGAAAGCGUUAUUCAAUGAGUACGGAGUCACUCCUUUUACACCAUUAAAGGGAAUACUUAUUCAAGGUCCUAUUUUCAUCAGUUUUUACCUGGCUAUUACAAACAUGGUGGAGAAAAUCCCAUCUUUUAAAGAAGGCGGAGCUUUCUGGUUUACUGAUCUCACAACUCCAGAUCCUUUGUACAUUUUACCUAUUCUGACAGCACUGACUUUCUUGAUAUCUGUGGAGUUUAACAUGCAAGACGGUAUGCAAGGAAAUCCCGCUGCACAAACUAUGAAAAAAGUCUCUAGAGGUUUUGCUGCUUUUAUGGUUCCAUUGACAGCUAGCUUCCCAAAGGCAAUAUUUUGUUAUUGGAUUACCUCCAAUGUGUUCACGCUUAUUUACGGUGUAGUAAUUAAACUCCCCGCAGUAAGAAAGCUUUUCAACAUCCCAACUAUAGAUAUGCCACCACCUACCACUGGACCACAACCUGCAUUUUCGUUGUUCGGAUCAUCCAAGCCAUCUUCAAAGGUCAGUGAGAAGCUAAGGAUCCUAGAAGAGCAAGUAAAGAAUAAAGACUCCAAAACAAAAAGUGAACCGAACGAAUAAAACAAGAAACGAGGUCGGGAAAGAAAAGUACUGGCUUAGAGAUAUUGCCUCAGUUAUUUUGGUCAGUAGAGUAGAAUCAUCUAACUUGUAUACACAUGAUAGACGGGAAUCGGAUUUUAUGUACGUACCUCAGAGAAUAAUUUAGGGCGAAAUUGUAACUUUCUGAACAUCUCGCCGAAACAAUUCUGUUUUCCAAAUUAUACUGCAAAUGAAGUUUGAGGAUGGAAUACAUGUUUUCCAAUUUUGUUGUUGUGCUGUAAAUUGACAGUUGCCAGCAAAAGAAAGAUCUGUGUUUUCUUUCAGUAA